AUUAUAAAUUGAAUGGGAACUUGUAGUCAGAAGAGAAGUUACAAUGAAAUCAUUACAGCGUACUCUGCUCAUUUCUUUGAUUGUCAUUGUUCUAACUCCAGCUUAUCAUGGGGUGGAAAUUAUUGGAGGCCAUGAAGUUAAACCUCAUUCAAAACCCUAUAUGGCAUCUAUCCAAUGUAACAAAAAAAAGAAAUAUGAACAUUACUGUGGAGGGGCUUUGAUCAGAAAUAGAUGGGUACUGACUGCAGCACACUGUGAAUGUAAAGGGCCUGUUCAAGUCGUACUUGGAGCCCAUUCUCUGUCACAGAAUGAGAAAAGUCAGCAAAAGAUUCGGGUCAAGAAGCAGUAUCCCCAUCCAAAGUUUAACAAAAAAACUCCAGAUGAUGACAUCAUGCUACUCCAACUCUCCAGUGAAGCAAAGAUCAACAAAUAUGUGGAACUGCUCAACCUACCAAAAGGUAAGGAUAAGGAUAUAAAACCUGGAAUUCGCUGUACAGUGGCAGGAUGGGGACAAACAAAGUCAAAAACUCCAUCUGACACUCUUCAAGAAGUGAUGCUAUAUGUGAUUGAUCGUAAAACAUGCAACAGCAAGCAAUAUUAUAAUCAUCAACCUCAAAUAACCAAGGACAUGAUCUGUGCUAGUGACCGAAAAGGCAGAGAAGAUACUUCCAUGGGUGAUUCAGGUGGUCCUUUAAUUUGCCGAAAUAAGUAUAAAGGGAUUGUGUCUUAUGGCCCUAAGGAUCCAGAUGCCAAAAAGCCUGGGAUUUACACUUUCAUAACAAAGAAAUACCUUGAUUGGAUUGAGAAAGUAAUUGGUGUGAAAACUUACAACAUGACAGCUGAAGGCUUGUAUUGAGAAUGACGAUUCUUACCGUGACUCGGUUUUACUUUUAUCUUGUAGAAUUGCUUUGCUCAGAGAAGGGCUAGCAUGCAUUUGCCUAUGCUUUUAGUACAUUGUACAGGAUUCAAAUUCAACAGAAACUAAAAUGAGAAAUUCUCAGUAUGAAAUGUGUCACACUUCAUUCACUGAAUCUUUGAAUAGGACUAUGAGUUGUGAAAGUGACUGAACAACUCUUGUGAGUAAGCAUUUAAGAGGUUUUGAGAUCAAGCAAUAAAUUUUGGUCACUUGUUGCAUUGUAAUUGGAACAAAUUACUAAGUAACAGAAGCGUUACUUAACGAAAGAAAACAGUCAAUAUUCUUGCUUGACUCCCAUGGCUGCAGAAAGCUUGUGACUUUCUCUCCCAAAGUUGACAUCAAUUCUGUGCACUAAACCUCUUUUCUCCAGUUUUGACUUCUGUAAUCCGAUCCCUUGCUUGUGUUCUGAUGUUGCAAUCAUACAAUGGUCUUGUUGGCCAUAGUCAUUGAUCCAUAGACAAGAUAUCCUCAACACCUGAACAACCCAUUGUUAACUCUUUACCAUGGAGCCAUUUGUCAGAUUACUUAGUUAUGCAUCCAAACUCAUUGAUCUCUACAUCUCAAAGCAAAGCCUUUAAUAACUGAUUUAGACAUUUGUCCAUGCUUCUCUUUUGCCAUUCAAACUGGCCCAAACCUUCUCGUUAGCAUUGAAACCCUUUCUUUUCUGAUGCUGAUGAAAGAAAAUCUCAGCUUCUUUCUGUUUUUUGGGCUGAUUUUCAAAUGGGGAAAUCCUUCUAAAGUCAAUAUGUAUGGAUUCCUUGGUGGAAUAGCAGUCUAUGCAGAAGCUAUGUACUAUUUUUACAACAUUAGCCAUCAUAUUUUGAUCACUAUUAGUUUAAAUGUCAGAGAACUUUUUAGUUGGUGUAAGUAUUAAUGAAAGGGGUGAAUGUGUAGUGUGACAUAGAGUCAGGUGAGUGAGCUGAGAGGGUAAGGAAGUAGGGUGGCAGCUAUGUACGUUGGCAAGGUGAUAGGUAAGUUGAGCAACUGGGAGUAAAUGAAUAGGUGGCAGCUGGACUGGGUUACAAGGUGGUACAGUGGUAUCAAUUCCUGAUGCAGUGUGACUUUAUAUGACUCAAAUCACACAAGCUCUUUAUCCUGAGCAUAAAUUCAUAAUUAUCCCUUAAUCAUACAAAGUCCAAAAUACACUUUAAAAGAAUUUGUUUCACAAAAUUUUCAAAAUAUGCAACAGGAUGGGUAUAUGAAUAGAAAGGGUUUGGAGAGAUAUGGGCCGGGUGCUG